GCCGAUGCGCACAUCGCAGGAUCCUGCCAAUCUGAGGAGACGCAAAGGACGGCGACAGCAGCCUGCUAUGGUCAGAAGAGUGGACGCUUUUGUGCAAAACCUGCGGACUUUCUGCCACACAAAGUCAGAGAAUAAAAAAGGAUAUUUUUUGGAAACAUACAAUGGGGUUUUGGUUGUAUCGCAGACUGAUCAGGACUUCGGGCUCAUGAUGAGAAGAAGACUUUGAACACUCAUUUUCUUUUUUCUCUUUUCCUCCUUCUUUAUAAAAUGCCAGGAUUGUGCCCAUCAUACAUUGUCCAGUUCAAGCCAGGCUGCUCAUUUGGAAGGACGCCUGAUGUCCAGCGUCUCAAAUCUGCAAGUUCAGUCCAAUAAAUUGUGACAUUCUCUGUCAGCCUUGGAAUAAGAAAUCGAUACUCAAGAAAAAGAGGGACGCGACAUUCUCCCGGAAUUUUAACGAUCCAUUUCCCUGCUAUCCUUAUAAAUAUGCGAUUUGGUUGGAUUAGGUUGGUUCGGUCCAGCUUCACGCUUUUAAAGCUGGAGCUGCGCUGAUAGUGACUGAUUAUUGCUGUUGAUUUUGUCCAUGCAAGACUCGGGGUGGAAACAUGUCUGGCCACUUCUCUGAGAGGAUCACUGUUAUCAGAGAUGGCAUUUUGGUCCAGCACUUCGGUUUUCACCUCUAAAGUGCCCCGGAAAAUCUUAUUCAUGUUCACCCUCUCCCUCUCUGUCACCUAUUUGUUCUAUAGCUUGAUGAGCUGCUACAACUCGCUGCAGUUCCCUCUGCAAGAGAACUACGCGUAUCAGGGGAGGCUGGUGACGGAGGAGACAACUUUUGUGACAUUGAGGGAGAAACUUUACUCCACUUCCCAGGGCUUGAGCGAAUUCACCGAGACCGAGAGAACCACCGCGGUUUCCACGACGAGGGAUCAUGCUGAGGCCGAGCAGAGGACAGUGGAGUGGAUUAGGAGUCAGGCGUCUCCGACUAAAUCUGCGGCGGCGUAUCACACCACCGCGCUGGAGAGGGAGCACCAGGAACUCAGCACCACGGACAGCGAACUCAGGGUGAACUGCACCAUGGAUUAUGGAGUGAAAAAACUUCCCCAAGCCAUCAUCAUCGGGGUGAAGAAAGGGGGGACCAGAGCCCUGCUGGAGGCGCUCAGGGUGCACCCGGACGUCAGAGCCGUUGGGAAUGAGCCACAUUUCUUUGACAGGAACUACGAGAAAGGGCUGGACUGGUACCGAGACCUGAUGCCUUCAACGCUGGAGGGCCAGAUCACUAUGGAGAAGACACCCAGCUACUUUGUGACUAACCAUGCCCCCAAGCGCAUCCACACCAUGGCCAGGGACAUCAAGCUUAUUAUAGUGGUGCGUAAUCCCGUCACCAGAGCCAUUUCGGACUACACACAGACUUUGUCCAAGAAACCCGAGAUCAACACCUUCGAGGUUCUGGCUUUUAAGAACCGGACGCUGGGUCUCAUAGAUGCUUCGUGGAGUGCGUUGCGCAUUGGAAUAUAUGCGCUCCACUUGGAGAGCUGGAUGCAGUAUUUCCCUCUCUCCCAAAUGCACUUUGUCAGCGGGGAAAGACUCAUCGUGGAUCCCGCGGGCGAGAUGGGCAAAGUGCAGGACUUCCUGGGACUCAAACGCAUCGUCACAGACAAACACUUUUACUUCAAUAAAACUAAAGGAUUUCCUUGUCUGAAGAAGCCAGAGGACAGCAGCACUCCCCGAUGCCUCGGCAAGUCAAAAGGGAGAACUCACCCUAAAAUAGACCCGGACGUGAUUCGCCGGCUGCACAAGUUCUACAAACCCUUUAACAUGAUGUUCUACCAAAUGACCGGACAGAACUUUGAGUGGGAGCUGGAGGAGGACAGUGGGUCUCGUAGCUCUCAGGACUAGUAGACUGCGGCAUGGCACGGCGCAGCCACACCACCAGCCUUCUUCGAUACAACUUCUAUUGUCUCGCUUUCGUUUCUUCAGAGAGAGUGCUUGAGCACGCCAAUCAAUCAUGGCUGUCUUUGCAGUGUCUGUAUCCAUUAGCAAGAGUUUACUGACAUGCUUUUCCCUUCAAUACUAAUGUCUUUGAUGAUGGUGAAUCAUUAUUGUACAUACUAAACAUAAAAUAUAUUUAUAUUUGUGAAAAGGAGAUGAUUUAUUCCUUUUGUUUUUAAAAGCAUAGAGCUGAUAUAAAAAUCAUGUUGACUAUGGCAAUGCAUGCGAUAAGUUAAGUGUCCUUACCUCAUGAGCCCUAAGGCUGAAAUCUGCCUGUUUCUUCUCCCUUUACUUUCCUUCCGUCUGUUUCCCUCACACCCACUCACCAGCAUACGGUACAAGAAGAUAUUCAAUUUAAACAGCUAAGGCCAAUGCAGUGCUCUGUAUAAUGUCUUUUCACACUAUCCUGCUGCUUCAGAAGAGACAGGAAAGAGAAAAGUGAGAGACAGUACAAUAAUCCUCUGACGUUUGCUUAUCUUUUUCAGUUUUUUGAGUGGAGACAGUCGUGUUUUUGUCUGUCUAAGUUUACCAAAGUGUUAAUUUACUCAGUGUUCUGGUUGCUCUGCACUCAUUAAUUGCACACAGAUUCAAUAAGAGAGCUGAUGGACAGUGGCCCUCAUUCAAUAAUUGGAUUGUUUCUCUACAUCGUCGACAUUAGCAUACUGAUGACCAUGCACUCAGAUGUGGUACAGUCUCAGUGAUUUUGGCAUAAUUCGACAAAUGAAUCCAUGUCGUGCAAAUAGCAAAGGGUGAGCUGUGGACUAAACAAUCCGGCAUCUUGACAAAAACAAAUUAUUGUUGUCAAAAGGCUCCCGAAAUAACAGUUAACACUCAAAGUCCUCGACCGUUUGAGUCGUGACCCUCUUGACGCAGUGAUUCAUGUCGAUGAGGGUGAAGAACAACACGAGGGGGAUUGAGCAGAAGUUUGUUAACAAACAUCUGCUGCGACACGGUCUUCUGUCGGCAGAGAUUAAUGGGGUGUUAAAUAAACCGCUGCUGCUGGAACAAUGUCAAUGUCAGAGAGAAGGAAUAGCAACAUACAUGCCCAGGUAAAUUACCAAGCCAUUACUGUAUGUACUUAAUGAGAUGAUGUGUGGCAGGGAAAUGUGUUGUAAUCAGAGGUUUACUUUGACUAACUGGGCAGAUGUGUGUGGAAAAUAACAGGGUGUUGCUGUGAAAUGCUCCUUUACUCAUGCAAUGGAAAAAAAAACACAUGACCCAUUAUAUUUUUCUUUAUUCAUUAUAUUUUGCAUAACUCGCUGUGCGUCUGUGUGUUGUCUCUGGACUUUUCAUCAAAUGAGACAAUCAAUACAGCCAAUGAGUCAA